AUGCUGAACUUGCCCGACACGGCGCGCAACAACCUUGUUGCAGUGGUGGGCGAGUUCGUUGGGACCUUUCUCUUCCUCUUCUUCUCCUUCGCCGGCACUCAGGUCUCCAACACCCCGGCCCCCGCGGAAGGGGCGCCCCCGAACACAUCCAACCUGCUCUACUCGGCACUAUCAUUUGGAUUCGCCCUGACUGUCAAUGUCUGGGCCUUUUACCGUGUGACCGGUGGUCUCUUUAACCCGGCGGUCACUCUCGCCCUGACUCUUGUCGGCGGCAUUUCUGUCCUGCGAGCUGUCCUGCUCGUCCCCACGCAGCUACUGGCUGGAAUCGCAGCUGCCGGCGUCGUGUCUGCUUUGUUUCCUGGCCCAGCCAACUUUGGCACCAGUCUCGGCGGAGGGGCCUCCAUCUCGCAGGGCCUUUUCAUUGAGAUGUUCCUCACUGCCCAACUGAUCUUCAUCAUCAUCAUGCUGGCGGUUGUCAAGCACAAAUCCACGUACCUUGCCCCCGUCGGCAUUGGUCUGACUUUCUUUGUCACAGAAAUGAUUGGCGAUUACUAUACCGGCGGUUCUUUGAACCCCGCCCGCUCCCUCGGCCCGGCCGUGAUCAACCGCAAUUUCCCAGGCUACCACUGGAUCUACUGGGUCGGCCCCGGACUCGGCUCGCUGCUAGCCUGUGGGUUCUACGGCCUGCUCCAGCUCUUCCAUUAUCACACCGUCAACCCGGGUCAAGACUUCAAUGAUGUCGAGGCGCGCAUCAGUAGCGAAAAGGGCGACGACGGCAGCGAGCGUACCGCCAACGGUCAUUCCCGGGGGCCCUCAGAGGCCACCACCAAUCCGCCAGCGACGCCCAGCUCCUAG